AUGAGCGCGCAGUUCGCUGCUGGCAACGGCGACCUCGGCAUCAUCGACGAAAACUCGAGCAAGCGAGCCGAGGAAUAUCAGAAGUGGGUCGCCCGGCAGAAGAAACAGAGCAAGUCGAUAAGAGUGCGCUUCACCGAGGGCUUUGACCAUGCCUAUCAGAAGAUUAUUAUCGAGGGCAUCCUGCGGCAGAGACCCCUCCCUCCCAGCAAGGACGGGCGUCACAUUCCGCUGGACGCCGGGCGUGCCCGGUCGCAUCAGCUUGUUGACGAGCGCAGGGGCAAGCAUUACAUAUCAAACUGGAUCCGUUCAACGCGCUACUCACUGUGGUCGUUCUUGCCCAAGCAGCUCUACUUCCAGUUCAGUAAGCUUGCCAACUUUUACUUCCUCAUCAUUGGUGUCCUUCAGCAGAUCCCUGGCCUCAGCACGACAGGAACAUGGACGACGUUGGGACCACUCCUUUUGUUCGUGUCAGUCAGUAUCGCCAAGGAAGGGUACGAUGACUAUCGAAGAUAUGAGCUGGACAAGUCCGAAAACAGGAGUGCAGCGUGGGUGUUCGAUCCGGACAGGACAGUUUCGAAGAAGAUUGCAUCAAAGUCCAAGGAUGCCAUGAAAGCAGCAGCAAGGCGCGCACAAGGACACAGGCCGAAGCAGAGCCGUCACGUCGAAGAGAUGGAGAUGGGCGAGGUCGGCCACCGCUCCGAUGUGGACGACGGCGUAUGGGCGGUUGUCGAAUGGCAAGACGUCCGUGUGGGCGAUAUCGUCAGGUUGCAGAGAGAUCAGCAUGUGCCAGCCGACAUGAUUCUUCUGCACGCAACUGGGCCAAAUGGUGUGGCAUACAUUGAGACGAUGGCGCUAGAUGGCGAAACGAACCUGAAGAGCAAGCAGCCAUCAAGCCUUCUUGCCGAGCGGUGCAAUACGAUUGCUGAUCUCCGACAAUGCCGCGCGACGAUCGUAUCAGAAGAUCCUAACCUCGACCUUUACCACUACGACGGCCGCGUGCUGGUAGACGACGAGACCAGUCCCUUGACCCUGAACGAGAUUGUGUUCCGUGGAUCCACCCUCAGAAACACAUCCGAGGCCUGGGGCCUGGUCGUCAACUCUGGCGAGGAGUGCAAGAUCCGCAUGAACUCCAACAGGGGUGCAGCAGCCAAGGCGCCGAAAAUGCAGGUCUGGCUCAACCGCAUCGUGCUCUUCCUGGUCUGUGUGUUGCUCGUCAUCACGGGGGCCUGCACGGGAGGAUACUACAUGUGGCAGAGCAGAUACGAACGGCACGCGUGGUACAUCAGGAACGCACCCGUGUCCUUUGUGCAGAUAUGGUUUGGGUUCAUCAUCAUGUUUAACACACUGAUCCCCCUCUCCCUGUACGUUGUUCUUGAGAUCAUCAAGAUCGGCCAGCUCAUCCUCAUGUCAGACGUCGACAUGUACGACGAGGAGACCGACACUCCACUACGCAUCAACACGACAACCAUCUUUGAGAACCUCGGCCAGGUCAGCUAUGUCUUUUCCGACAAGACAGGCACACUGACGGAGAACAAGAUGCGCUUCCGAAAGGUCACGGUCGCCGGCACUGCCUGGUACCAUGACCGAGACAUCCAACAGGAAGCCAUGGAGAGGCAGUCGCGGCGAAACAACGAGAGCCUCCUGGCCAAGGUCAGCAAGGUCGAGUCGGCGCAACAGCCGGGUCCGCCAGACUUGGCGGCACAGGGCGGCGGAAUUCGGCAGACGGAAGCCAACACAAUGGUGAUGCUCAACUACAUCAGAGAGCAUCCGACCUCUGCAUUUUCGCAGAAGGCUCAACUAUUCCUGCUCGCGCUCGCGCUCUGUCAUACUGCAAAUCCCGAAAAGUCGCCUGACGGAGACAUUACAUUCUCCGCGUCAUCGCCAGAUGAGCUAGCGCUCGUCCAAGCAGCGAGAGAUUUUGGUUUGCUUCUCAUUGACCGCCCGUCGCAGACGAUCAAGCUCCAGCGCGAGACGCCAGAUGGAAAGCUCGUUGUGGAAGCAUACGAAGUCCUUGAUGUCAUCGAGUUUAGCAGUGAUCGGAAACGCAUGUCCAUCAUUGUACGGAUGCCUGACGGCAAGAUCUGCAUCUUCUGUAAGGGUGCAGACAGUACGAUAAUUCCGCGGCUCAAAUCAGCCAAGACGGCGGCACAAAAGGCAGCCGAUGUAGACAGGCGGGCUAGCGAACGCCGGAGCGCCGAGGCCGGUCGGAUCAUGGAGUACCACAGGUCCAGCGUCUCCAGUCCCGGGUUGGGUUUCAACGAGGCUCGCGCAAGCAUGUCGAGCCCCCGCAACAGCAUGCAUGCGUUCAGCAGAAAAUCGACCGACUUGCACAGGACGACGGUGGUGCGUGAGUCGAUCGACGAGACUAGACCGGCCGUUUUUGGCGGCGAUCCGUACGCCUCGGGUCACCACUUUUCGCCGUCGUCUUUAGAACCGCCGUACGAGGUAGACUGGGACUCGACCGUGGACGAGACUGUUGCGAGCAGCGAGGCUGCCAUCUUUGACCGAUGCUUUACUCAUCUCGACGAUUUUGCCUCUGACGGACUUAGGACUCUGCUGUUUGCUCAUCGUUUCUUGCAAGAGAGCGAGUACGAGGAGUGGAAGAAGAUUUAUCUCAAAGCCACAACCAGUCUUGUUGACCGUCAACGGAUGAUUGAAGAGGCCGGUGAGCUCAUUGAGCAUAAUUUUGAGCUUACAGGCGCCACAGCUAUUGAAGACCGCCUUCAGAAUGGCGUGCCGGAGACGGUCGACAAGCUGCGCCGGGCAAACAUCAAGGUGUGGAUGCUGACUGGCGACAAGCGGGAGACGGCCAUCAACAUUGCACACUCGGCGCGGAUCUGCAAGCCUUUUUCGGACGUCUUUGUCCUGGAUGUGAAGACUGAUGUGUUGUCAGACAAGAUUACUGCCAUCCUGAUGGAGGUUAGCAAGGGCAUGCUAGCGCAUUCAGUGCUGGUGAUUGAUGGACAGACUCUGACUGCCGUCGAGGACGAUGCGGCCCUGAAGAUCAUGUUCUUUGAUCUGGUGGUGCGGAUUGAUGCCGUGGUGUGCUGCAGAGCCUCCCCGUCGCAGAAGGCCAACCUGGUCAACUGCAUCCGCGACACCGUUCCUGGCUCGCUCACUCUCGCUAUUGGCGACGGCGCCAACGACAUUGCUAUGAUCCAGGCCGCGCACGUCGGUGUGGGCAUCUCUGGCAAGGAGGGACUGCAGGCCGCACGUGUCGCCGACUACUCGAUUGCCCAGUUCCGCUUCCUGCAGAGACUGCUGUUUGUGCAUGGCCGCUAUGUAUACCACCGGACUGGCAAGUAUAUCCUCGCGACGUUCUGGAAGGAGAUUGUCUUCUACAUGGUGCAGGGGCAGUACCAGUACUUUGUUGGGUACACGGGCACUUCGCUUUAUGAGCAGUGGAGUCUGACCCUGUUCAACAUUGUCUUCACCUCGCUGUCUGUCAUCAUGCUGGGCAUUUUCGAGAUCGACCUCAAGGCCGAGACGCUGCUCGCCAUCCCGGAACUGUACACGUACGGCCAGCGUGACGAGGCUUUCAACCUGAGGAAGUAUAUUGGCUGGAUGCUGGUGGCGGUUGCCGACACGGCCAUCAUCUACUGGACGAUGUAUGGCGACUGGUCGCGUCUGCUACCGACCUCGGACGACGGUGUUUUUGCCAUGGGCCAACUGGCCUACACCGUGGCCGUGAUUGUCAUCAACUUCAAGUGCCUUGGCCUCGAGCUCCACACCAAAAACUGGCUCACCACGGCCGGCGCCAUCUGGGGCCCCUUCAGCUGGUUCAUGUGGCAGUUCAUCCUGGAGGCCAUCUUUGCAAAGGGGUUCCCCCGCAUCCCCUACUUUAUCCGCAACGGCUUCAAGUCCCACUUUGGGCGGCAGCUGAGCUGGUGGGCGACGGUGCUCGGCGCCAGCUUGUGCGUCAUCGCGUUCGAGCUGGCCGUCUCGGCGUUCCGCAGGAUCUACUUCCCCACCGACGCCGACCUGUGGCAGGAGAUUGAGCAGCAGCGCGACUUCCCGCGGGUUCUGGAGGAGUACGACCCGGAGCGCGGGCACGUACAUCAUGUACAUGUAGACGGACAGAACGGCAGCACGGUCCAGGACACUAACGGCAACAACAAUAACAGCAAUAACAACAACGCAGUAGACGGCAGCGGGAAGAGCGUGCGUCGCGAGCCAAUGACCCCGAGGUCUUUUAGCUAG